CCCUCCUUGGUCUGGUGAUCUCUAAUGCCUAUCUCUCGUGCCUUCUCUCUUCUAUAUAAAGCACGACUUAAGCCUGGGGACAUGAGAGUUUCCGUCCCUUCUCUGACCUUGAGUACCUGCAGACACGAUGCCAUCAAUUGGGCCCGACGAGAAAAGAGACUCCGUCGACAGGAAGCAGGAAUCAGAAGUGGCGAAUUCGGAGUCCAAAGACACAAUCAAUCUAUCUUCGGGAGACGAGGCUCUCAAGGUAGUCGGAACACAAAGAACUGCAGAAUUCAGUGAAGAGUACAAUCUCAAGUUGAGAAGAAAAUUGGACCUUCUCAUCCCCCCUCUCUGCGCACUAGUCUACUUCAGUCAAUUCUUGGAUAAGACAACGCUGAACUAUGCAAGUAUUAUGGGACUUCCUAUCGUUGGCCAGAAUUACAAUCUCGUAUCUAUGGCCUUUUACGUUGGCUUCUUGUUUUGGGAAUUUCCGACAACCUACUUGGCCCAAAAGACGCGAGUUGCCAAAUACUUAGGAGCCAACAUCAUUGUAUGGGGUAUAGUUCUUGCACUUCAUGCUGCCGCCGAGUCUUUUGGUGCCUUCUUCGCACUACGCUUUCUUCUUGGCAUGUGCGAGAGCUGCGUGGCGCCCAUCCUUAUUCUCAUAAUAUCCAUGUUUUAUAAGAAGAACGAACAGGCCAGACGAAUCUCAUGGUUUUAUGUUAUGAACGGCCUCACUCAAGUUUGCGGUGGUUUUAUUGCCUAUGGCAUCUCAUUCUACGAGGGUAACGUGAUCGCGACAUGGAAAAUCGUUUACAUUGUCUUUGGUGGUCUUGCCGUUCUCGUCGGGACAGCAGUCUUGAUAUGGUUACCAGACUCCCCCGUACAAGCCCACUUCUUGACAGCAGAAGAGAGGAUCGCUGCUUUGGAACGAGUGCGGGACGGCCAAGGUGGUGUAGCGAACAAGCAGCUGAAGAAGGAUCAAUUUAUUGAGGCUCUUACCGAUGUCAGGACCUGGCUAGUGGUCUUGACCACAUUAAUGACUAGUAUUCCGAACGGCGGAAUAAGCAACUUCAGCAACAUCAUUAUCAAAAAUUUUGGUUAUACGACAAAACAGACUUUGAUAUUGUCGACCCCAUCAGGGGCCAUUGCCUCAGCCAUGGUAUUAUUCUGCGGUUGGUACUCUGAUCGCAAGAAUGAAAGGAUGGUCCCCAUCGUGUUCGCAUUAGUUCCAACCAUUGUCGGCUUUGCCGUGCUAGUUGGCCUGAGUGGCACCAAGCAAAAAGGUGCUCUUCUGUUCGGUGCCUACCUCAUCGGGACGUUCGGAAGUGCACUCUCCACGGUUUAUGCCUACAACGCCAGUAACACUGGAGGCCACACAAAGAAGAGCACGAUCAACGCACUUACUCUCGUCUCCUUCAGCGUAGGAAACAUUGUUGGCACUGAGAUCUUUCUUCCAAAGGACGCACCCGAAUUUAUUCCGGGAAAAAUUGCGAUCAUGGUACUUCUCACUGCCCAGCUGGCUAUUUGUUAUUUGUUGCGCUGGGUGAACCUAAACCUGAAUAAGAAGAAGAGGGCGCAAAUUGAAGAAUUGAAGGCGCGAAAUGGAUGGUCGGACGCGGAUGUGCAAAGAGAUAGGGAUCGACAUGCUUUCGCUGAUCUUACUGACAAACAAAACAUUUACUUUGUCUAUACCGCGUAGCUAUUCUGGGUGGUG